GCGUUGCUUGUUUCGUUUCUAAGUAACGGAAGAACAGAUAAAUCCAGUGGAGAGGAAAUUCUAAGAACCAUGGCCACUGAAGCUCCCUCCUCCAUGUUAUCUCUAGCAUCACAAAUAUGCAAUCACAUAGCCUCCAUCUUCUCCAAACCCACUGGUCCCCACCCACAUCCUUUGGACCUCAUGGUCACCACUCUCUCCACCAUAGCCGCCCAGAAAGGCCAUGUCUUCCUCUACGGAGUAGGGCGAGAAGGCCUUAUGCUAAAGGCUCUAUGCAUGCGUCUUGCGCACCUUGGUCUCGCCACCCACUUUAUCUUCGACAUGACCACUCCUCCAAUCACCUCCAAUGAUCUCCUGAUCGCCUCUGCUGGUCCCGGAGGAUUCUCCACCGUCGAUGCCUUGUGCUCUGUGGCAAGAUCUUAUGAUGCCAAAGUACUAUUGCUGACUGCUCAGCCUGAAACUGGAUCCUGUGUGAAGCAAGCAAGCGUUGUUUGCUAUGUGCCUGCCCAGACUAUGGCGAACGACAGGGAUGAUGCAGAAAAGGAGAACUCUAGGCCGCUGCUGCCCAUGGGAAGUGUUUAUGAAGGAGCGUUGUUUGUAUUGUUCGAGAUGGUUAUUUACAGAUUGGGUGAAGUUUUGGGUCAGAGCCCUGAGGCCAUACGAUCUCGACAUACCAAUCUUGAAUGAACGCUUUCAGUUGGUUCUAUUUUGUGUAGCUUGUUAUUGAAAUUCCAGUUAUAUUCGAAUAAAGAUGGCAUUGAACACCUAUUAGUUAGUUUAGUAUAUUUGGAUUACAAGAAAACUAUUCAGUAAUGCAAUCUGGGAAAAUCAGAUCUCAUUUAUGUAAUCUAAUGAUUCAUCAUUGAGAAAAAAAAUAAAAUCUAGAGUUUUGGUCUCAUGUGCCAUA